AAAAAACAACGCCAAUUCAGCUUAGUGUUCAAAAAGCUGUUGCCGGAAAACACUAAAUUGAGAGAGAAUUUCAUAAUUUCUUAAUAUGACUGACGAAAUAGUGAACCCCAACAAGCACCUGAUAAUCCCGGACUGGAUCAAUGAAAAAUACUUUUCAGGCGUUCUGGCCAAGGACGAGCCAGAUCAUGUGAAGGUUCUGAAAUUCACGCCAGUGGCUGCCAUUCCUCCUGGCGAAAAUUUCACCUCGACCAUGCUGAGGAUCCACAUUAAAUUAGAGAUGAAAGAUGGCAGUUCCAAGGAUAAGACAUACAUUUUUAAAACGAUGCUGCCCGAGGAGCGGGGUGGCAAGGACAUCGCCGAGUUCGGCCUGUUCCCCAAAGAGGCUAAGAUGUACGAAACAUACCUUCCGGCCUUCGAAGCCCUUUACAAGAAGGCUGGCUGGGACAUUCAACUGGCGCCAAAAUGCCUGCACACCGAGGAACGGAAUGGAGACAUUCACUUUAUCUUCGAGGACUUGCGCGAUGGAGGAUUUGGGAACCUAGACCGCACAAAGGGGCUCGACAUGAGGCACAUGACGGCGUCAUUGCGAAAACUGGCGGAAUAUCAUGCAGCCAGUGCGGUUUACGAGGAACAAAAUGGUCGCUAUCCGGAGGAGUUUUACGAGGGCUUCGUCACUCGGUCGGUCAAAAAGUUCCACAUAGACGGUUUUAACAUCAAGGAAAAGGCCUACAAGAAAGCCAUGCUCAGCUGGGGAAUGCCAGACGCCGAGAAAUAUGUUGACAAGUUUCCAAACGCAGAGCAGUAUUGGGCGCAGGGCCUGGCCACUUUAAGCUAUGAGCCAAAUGAGUUUUACGUUCUCAACCAUGGAGACUUCUGGUCCAGCAAUCUCAUGACGAACUAUCUGCCCGACGGGAGCCUGGAUAAACUCAUCUUGCUAGACUUCCAAAUAUGCAAGUGGGGCAGUCCUUCCGAGGACCUACUCUUCUUUUUGAUUCUGUCAUCUCGAAACGACUUGAGAAUUAAGGAGUUUGACAACUUUGUGAGGAUCUACUGGGAGCGCCUCGUCGAGUGCCUGAAGGUCCUGCAAUACAAGAAGCCUUUACCUGCACUCCGAGAAAUCCAAAGGUCCAUGUACCACAAGAACUCCUCCUUCUACGCUUUCUUCAGCAUAUUAAAUCACCUGCCGAUAAUCCUGUUCCCCACCGACAAGGACAGUAACAUCCACAACAUGUCCGCGGAAACCCCGGAGGGUGAGAGACUUAGAGAACGACUGCUAUCGAAUCCUGCCUUCGGCAGCGUUAUGAAGGAUCUGUAUCCCUUCCUCUACAACAGGGGGAUCUUGAACUUCGAAGAUUACGACGAAUGAUACAUAUGAACCUUCUGUUGCCAAAUAAAUGUAUUAAAUAUGUUAA